AUAAAUCAUUAAAGUCAGUCAAAUAGCAUUCGUUUGUUUGAGCUGCGUAAAUUUUUCAUGAUGCGAACCAACAAAAAUUAACAUUAAAAUGACCAAAAACCUAAAUGAGACAAGUUCGGCUACUGAAAAUGAAAAAACGAUGGAAAACUAUAAAGAGUUACUAGAUAACCUUCGUGUUGAGAUUACGACGAAUUUAGAUAUUCACAGACAAUUUAUUUUUAGUUACUUGAUAAGCAAGAAGGUCUUGGAUGAAGAAGAUUGUGAACAGAUUUUGAAUAGUGCUGUAACAAGACAACAAAAAGUUAGUUGCUUUAUUGAUAUAAUUCGACGUAAAGGAUCAUCUGGAAUCAAACAUUUCAUUGAUGCCUUAGAAUUUGAAAAUCCUGAUCUUUACAAAGCAUUUACUGGGAAAAAUGCAACUGCAUUUAUUGCUCCUCUUAUUCCAUCUGGACGAGCAUGGGAUUGUAUUUCAGGUCUUUCAGCAAAAGAAUAUGUUGAUUCUGACAGAGCAAUGUUAUCAAGUCAACUAGAACAAAGAAUAAAAGAUUACCACUGUAUGGUUAUUCAGCUUAAUAGAUCUAUAGAAGAAAAGAACAAUGUUGAAAAAAAGCUAAUGGCAGCUCAAUUAAAGAUUGAUCAACUUCAAAAGUCUAUUGAACAGCUUAAGGUAAACUUUCUAAAAAAACCAAAAUCUGCAGAGCAAAACAAUGUUUUACUUUCAAGAUUACUAGAGGAAGAAAUUCGCACUAAGUUUUAUGAUAAACUUGCAAGGCAUGAUAGUAUGACAAUUGACUUACAAUUCAGGCUUCUUAACUUAAUAGAAGAAAUAAAUGAAAAAAAUAAUCUAUGCAAAAGUUUGAAAGAAGAAAAUAAGAAAAUAAAAAAAAUGGCUGAUGAAAUAAAGUUAAAGUUUAGUGUCCAUCGAAAAAUUAUGAAAAUAUACAGUGAACAUAACUUUAAUGCAAGUUCGUCUUCUGCUGAGGAAAUCAAAGAAAUGCAACUUAAAUUUCGGAGAAAUGUAGAAGAACUAGAAGUCUUAAAGGGAGAGUUUGAUGAAUUUGUCAAAUAUAGCGACAUGUUAAACACCAAUUAUAAAAUGGUUUUGAAAGAAAAUUUAGAUUUAAAAGACUAUAUCGGACAAAUAAAUUGUAAUAUUAAGAGCAUGACUUUAGAAAAUGAGCAAAGUAAAUCACGCUGCAAAGAAGUAGAAUGGAAUUUCAUGUGUUUAAAAGAACAAAGUUCAAGACUGGAAGCAGAAGUUAAAAUGUAUCAAGAUAUACAAGCUGCGCAAAAAUUUAAUUGCGACAAAUUAUUGGAAGAAAAAGAUAUAUUAUACAAUGCUAUUGCAGAUUCGAAAAAAAAAGCUGAUGAAGGACUUCAGAAACAGAUUCAUGUCAAUAAGACUCUCGAAGAAAAUUAUAGAAAAGUUGCAAAUGAAUUAGAUUCAGUUAAAAAUACUUUACAACAAACCGUCAAAGAACUUAACGAAGCAAAAAAUUUGCUAAAGUUAGAGUCUAAAAGCAACCAGUGUUCUGCAUUUGAAACCAAGAAUGAAGACAAAGAGGAAGUUGUUGAGUUGACAGAAAGUUCUACAAAAAGCACUGAAACUCAAAAAAUCACGGACGAUGUAGAAAGCUUACGAAUCACUGGAUUUUGUGCUCGUAAACGUUCUAAAAAAGAACUUCUUAACAGCAUACGCAGAAAAUUUUCAGAAGAUUCUCGCACAAAAAACCAUUCCAUUAGUAGCAAUUCUUCAGUUAGUAGUUCAAUGUCUUUUCAGCAAAUAAGAUUAUUAUUUCCAAACCCAAAUCCAUCGGAUUCUGUUUGUAUAGCUGGUUACUCUAAUUCUCUCCCAACACUAAUGAACAAAAAAAUAGAUAAAGUUUUGAGUGAAGGUAAUGAGAAUGGUUUAAUGCUGCUAGAGGAUGAAUUGUAUACAAAUCAAAGUCCCGUGUUUCGUCGUCGUGCGAUGUUAGUUGAGGAAAAAGACCGUAUUUGUCGCACCAUGGUCAAACGCAAAGCGUUACCAUCUUAACACGAAAUAAAUUUAUUAUUACGAACCUUUAUUGUCAAUUUUGUUUUGAUGUUUAUUUUCUUGACGCUGGCGUUAUUUUUUUACAAUUUUGUAAUAAAAUGUUAAAUAUUAUGUACAUACUCUAACUAUUUAAUUUACAUAUUUAAUUUUUCAGUUUUAUAUAUACAUUACAAAUAUAUGUUUUUACUUGGUAAGUUUAUGAAAUUUAGAUAAACCGUUCCAUAUAAAUUUGCAGUCAAAAUUGAAUAGCUCCGCCAAUUUUUUUUUAAUUAUAUAAUUUUUGUAAAAUUAAUUUUUUUGAAUUUUAAAUAUAAUUUUCUUAAAUAAACUCUCGAACAAUAUUAAGUCACAAUUAUAUAAAUAAUAAAAUUGUUGUCAUUGUUUUCAAUUGUUGUCAAUGUUUAGUUUUGAAAGUUUUUGAGCAGAAUACAGGACAUGUGUUUCAAAUUCCAAAGGUAUAUUAUUAAACCCAAAACAAUAGCACAACCCUAAAAUUGCAAUUAAUUUAAACCACAGUUGUUUUGCAUGAAGUUUAACAAAAAGUUUUAACAUUUUUUUGACCUAUUAUAUAUUUUAAUGUUUGGGUACAACAUUGUAUUUUUUUGUUUUAAGUUAAUACCAUAUUAGUAUUAUUCGAAA